CCGGGGGGGCGGGAGCGGGAGCGGGAGGUGCGAGGGUGAUCACGUGGUGCCUGCGGCUGGGUCCCGGCGCCGUUGGCUGACAGCAUCAGAGGAAGGCGAUUACAGUAUUUUGGCUGCAGUGCUCAGCUUUGAGGCUUCGUUCUUUACGACUUUGAGGGAUAUGAGGCCACUUGGAAAAGUGCUUUGUGCUACAGGGAUUAUAGCUGUACUUCUAGCUUUCUUCUGGAAAGACACUUUUAACCCAGAGAGCCUUUCUGGUGCCCGUGUUCUCCUGACUGGAGCCAGUGCUGGGAUUGGAGAGCAGAUGGCAUACCAUUAUGCCAGAUUUGGUGCUGAAAUUCUUCUGACUGCUAGGAGGGAAUCUGUGCUGCAGAAGGUGAUGGAGAAAUGCCUGACACUUGGAGCAAAGAAAAUCUUUUAUAUUCCGGCCGAUAUGUCUUCCCCUUCAGAGCCUGAAAAGGUGGUUCAGUUUGCUGUCCAAAAACUGGGGGGACUGGAUUACCUAGUGUUAAAUCACAUUGGCAUUUCCCCUUUCCAGAUGUGGAAUGGAGAUGUGGAAUACACCCGCUGGCUCAUGCAGGUGAAUUUCUUUAGUUAUGUGGCCCUCGCAACAGCAGCUCUUCCCACCCUGGAGAAGAAUAAAGGCUCUCUGGUGGUCGUCUCUUCCCUCACAGGGAAAAUACCCACUCCCUUUACCACUUCUUACUCUGCCACCAAGUUUGCUCUGGAUGGAUUCUUCAGCUCACUGCGCCAUGAACUCAUCAUGCAGAAGAGAAACAUCUCUGUCACACUGUGCAUCUUGGGCCUGAUUGAUACUGAUACAGCAUUAGAGAAGACCAGGGGCAAAGUGUACCUAACUGCUUCUCCUGCUGCUGAAGCGGCACUUGCCAUCAUCCAAGCGGGUGCCACCAAGGUGCAGGAGGUUUUCUACCCGUGGUGGCUGCAGCACAUAUGCAGCCUCUGGGUUUUGUUCCCCUGCCACCGGAACCAGGUUUUACAGAGUUACUAUAACUACAGCAGCCCUUGAAGGCUGCACAGUCUCAGUCUCCCCUCCUGUACUACAUCCCUUCUAAUUAUAGUCACCCCUGUCCCACUAAGCAUUCCGGUCAACCAUCAGUAUCAGUUGGGAGCAGGGCAGCAGUGGUGGAAAAGUAAGCUUAGCUCAUUACAUAAGACUCUGCUUGGACUCCCUUUCAUCCUGCAUCAGUCAUAGUUCUGAUUUUUCUGCCCAGCAGUCAGAGAUCCACUCCCACUGUUCGCUGUGUCUGAGCUUUCCACUCAUUUUUUCUCCUUCAGCCUCACCUGUCUGCUCUUACCACCUCAAGUUCUUCCCUCAGCUCCAUCUGUAACGUCUGAAGGUUAUUAGUGCCUCAUAUUCUCUGCCAAUCUUCAGCAGGAAUAAAGUGCUCAAAGCCCUUCCAACCUUUUCUAGCAGAUGCUGCAGUGUAUGGCACCAAAGCUGAGGUGGGCUCUGCGUGGUUAUUGGGCAUUGCUUGGGAAAGGCAAACCAGGCACAUCUGGUUGUUUUCCCCUUUUGCUAAUGUAGAAGUGCUACUGUGGGUGUUGCGUUUCUGGAGUGGAUUCACUUUCCCUUGUUGUUCAUCGGGUACUUGGGGUGCUAAAAUGAGUCAUCACUCAGCUGAGUGCUUUCCCUCCCUCCACAGCCAGUUUCCCAGCAUGGAUAAAGAACAAAUAUCUUGGAGAGGAAGGUGGGGAUUCUUUCUUUUUCAUGGCUCUGGGAAUGACAAGCAGAACUGUUAUGCCCAUAUUCUGUUUUUGCUGAUGAGCAGUAGCCAGGGUGGGGAAGCAGAAUAACCCCCUACCAGUACCACUUCUGCAUACCAAGUAUGAUUCUUCUUCCAGGUAGGAAGAAUGCAGCUUGCAGUACUCUAUGUAACAAGAGCAGAGCCUGCUGGGAUCAAGGACUUCUGGGUGUGUGUAUCAAGGUGUUUCCCAGGCCAGGACGUGCACAGAGCAAAGAAAAUAGAAGAGGAAAGGGAGACUCCAUUUUGAGAGUUUGGUGUUGUGAAAAUAAUACUUUUGCUGGUUUUAUAUUGCAGUCAUUUUAAUAGCUAAUUUUUGCUUGAAGAGCAUAUUUAGUCAAGAGUGUUUUAUAACUCUCCACCAAAAGGGGACAGACGUUUCCUUUCUUGGCAGGAGAAACUGAGGUAGAGAGAGUCUGGCUUUCAGCAGGUGAGACCUCAGCCUUCCUCCCUACUUAUGCUUCCCCUUGAAGGAACUCAAGGUGGCAAAGCCAAAGGCAAUAAGGUGCAAAGACCUGUGGCUUUUUGAGUCAGCCCAAUUUUCCAGUCCUUGCUUCUGUCUAUGCAAAACUUGAGCAUAGUUGACACAGGUGAAUCUGGAGCUGGGAGUGUUUUCUGAGUGAUUUGGGCAAAGUGUGUGUUUUAGUUUUUUUCAUCCCCACUCACCUCUUCCCUCUUUGAAGGACUCAGUCCUUUAGACUGUUCUUCCUUCCCUCAAACCCCUUUCUCCAUCUACUUUUUGUCUCCAAGAUACUCUUAUUUAGCCCCUUUACUCCUGAUUCUCCCGUACAGGAGAAACAGCAGUGUCUGGAAGCAGUGCAAGGCUGGUUACUAACCUGUGUUUUCAAAUGUGUGCUCAAACUAGAAUAAAACUUAGGUUUAUGGGCUUUU